UUCUUGCAAAAGUAAACAACAGCGGCAUGGACUCGACUGACGGAAGUGAGGAUUCCGCAGAAAUCUCCGCUUGCAACCGAAAGCAACUCUCCGAGGAGGAAGAAGCAAAGCUACAAGCACAAAACAGCCGUUUGGUUCCCGAGUUUAAAGCGCGCCAACUAGAACUGCAAGCUCAGAAGCAUUGGGAUCUAUUCUACAAGCGGAACGAGACUCGAUUCUUCAAGGAUCGGCGAUGGACAACGCGAGAAUUCGAGGAGCUACUGUCGGAUCCCUCAGAGGAACCCAAAGUCAUGUUGGAAGUCGGCUGUGGCGUAGGCAAUUUCAUCUUCCCGCUAAUCGAGGAGAAGCGAAACAACUACUUUUACUAUGCCUGCGACUUUUCCGCGCGGGCGGUGGAGUUCGUCAGGAACCAUGAAUUGUAUGACCCAACUCGAGUGAAAGCUUUUCAAUGCGACAUCACCGAUGGCGAGUCCCUGUUGCAAAAUAUCCCCGCCGGAAGUGUCGACAUUGUCACAAUGAUUUUCGUUCUGUCCGCCAUUCAUCCAGAAAAAUUCAAACAAGUAAUCGGAAACCUUCACAAAGUGCUCAAGCCAGGAGGAGUAGUCCUGUUUCGAGACUACGGACUAUACGACAUGGCUCAAAUCCGAUUCAAACCGGGUCACAAAAUAGCAGAGAACUUCUACAUGAGACAGGACGGGACGAGGAGUUACUACUUUUCUACUGAGGAAAUCGAACACAUUUUUCUGGAAGAAGGAUUCGAAACGUUGGUUAACUCAUAUGCCCAUAGGAGGACCAUAAACGCGAAGGAGGGGAUUGAUGUACCAAGGAUAUUUGUCCAAAGCAAGUUUAGGAAAAAAAAUAAUGAUGGAUUUAGUGAAAGGUGAAAUAAAUGGAAUUUCGUUUUUAA